AUGCCACCCAAGAAGAUCCUCAUCGUCCUCAGUGACGCACACUCCAUUCGCCUCAAAAAAACCAGCGGGUCCGACCAAAACAAGAUAGUUGAGCAACCCUCCGGCUUCUUCCUCCAAGAACUCGCAAAGCCUCUCCAAAAGCUCCUCGAUUCAGGACAUGAGGUGACUUUUGCUUCGCCGAAGGGCCAACAGCCAACACCGGAUCCGAACAGUGAAUCACUCCUUGCAUACGCAGGAAACUUUUACGAACGCCGACGAGAGGAGGAACUGAUUGACCGGAUGAAGCGCGAGAACGGGUUCAACCGUCCGCGCCCAUUCAGUACCAUCAGUGACGAUGAACUAGCCACUUUUGCAGGCGUGUUCAUUCCCGGUGGGCACGCGCCGCUAGAGGAUCUGGGAGCGGACCCAGAACUUGGACGGAUUCUGAGGUACUUCCACCAGGAGAAUAAGCCCACUGCAGCAAUCUGUCAUGGGCCAUAUGCACUUCUGAGUACUAAGGCAGCGGGCAACGGAUCGUUUGUUUAUGAUGGGUAUCAGAUUACCUGUUGGAGUGAUGCGGAAGAAAAGAUGAUGGAGACUUUAUGGGGCGGGGAGGUCGAGAAGGUCGAGUCUGCGUUGAGAGAUUCCGGCGCUGUCAUGGUAGAGGGCGCACGGGAGAAGAUUGGGGGUACGACUCUGCAUCGGGAGUUAAUCACUGGAGGAAACCCUUUGGCGGCGAAUGAACUUGGGGACCGGUUUUUGGCAAUGAUUAGUGUUUAA